AUGACAGAAGGUCAAUGGACUUCUAUAACAAGUUCCCGUCAUCACUCUGGUCGACAUUUUGAAGAUACAAAUAAUAAUGGAUUAUAUCAGAAUGCUUACAGUUUUCCUUUUGGUUAUGAUGUGGCAAAUUUUUUUUCUAAUAAUUCGAUUGACGCUAAUUCCGAUAUAUCGUCAGGAAGUGCUUCCUCCCCCGAUACAACAGAUUUAACCUUAUCGCCAACUUCUGAAUUAGCACCAUAUCAUAUUGAAUUAUCUUUAGAAUGUCCUUUUACAAGUUGUCAAAUUAAAGAUAAAUCCAAAGUGAAAAUAACUGAUAGUACAUACCUCAUAGAACAUUUAAAGGAAGAACAUUCAAUUCGCUUUGUUAAUUUACAUCAUGUUUAUUUGACUAUUGAAAAAUAUUUGGGAUUUUGGGCAAAACAACUCGAUCAAGAUAUUAUAAAGCAAUUAGAUGCUGAAGUUAAUGAAGAUAAAAAUAUCCGAGAAGAACUUCAGCGCGAUAAAUUGAACGAAGUUUUACAAAUUCAAGCAAAUGAACGAAAUGGUGAUUCGAAAUUACAAAAAAAAUGUUUAUUCUGUAAUAAUAUAUGUGAAAAUAGACGGAUACUAUUUCGUCAUAUGUUUGAUGAACAUAAUUUUAAUAUUGGUCUUCCUGACAAUUUAGUAAAUGUUAGUGAGUUUUUGCAAAUUCUUGAAGAUAAAUUAAAUAGUGCUAGGAAUAGAAUUUAUGACCAGUUUUAUGUUAUCAAUCAUCUGGAACCUGGGAAAAAUUGGGAGACAUUUGAAAAUGAACGUUAUGAGUCUGAUGAGGACUAUCAUAAUCGAGAUGAUCCUUGGGAUGAUUGGAAUGAAGAAGAAUCAUUACCAACUUCGUGUCUCUUUUGUGAAAAUAUUUCACCAAGUACUAAAGACAUAGAAAAUCAUAUGACAAAUACUCACGGGUUUAAUCUUUUAGCGAUUAAACGAUCAAUGGGUGGACUGGAUUUCUAUCAAACAAUUAUUUUAAUUAAUUUUAUAAGGCACAAGACUUCAAAUAUCACUUGUAUGGCUUGUGAUAUUAAAUUUGAUGAUUUCCAAAAAUUGACCAAACAUAUGAGCAAAGAAAAUUGUUUUAUCAAAGUUCCAUCAUUAGAUAAUCCCAUUUGGAAUGAUCCAAAAUAUCUUUUGCCCACUCAAGUUGGUGAUCCGCUAUUGGGGGAAUUUGAAGAUGGAAAAACUAGUAGUGAAGAUGAGGAAGAUGAUAAUGAUUUGAUUUUUCCAAAUGAUACUAUGAUAAUUCCGGAAAACCCACCAGAAGAAUUAGAAGAAGAAAUUAAACAAUUGUUAACAUUAAAUUCAUUAAAUCCUAGGGAAUUUAUUAAAAGUGGGGGAAUAAAGCAUGAAAAUAUGCCUGCCGAAAUCCUACAUUGUAAAGAAUGUUCCUGCCCUCACUAG